AUGGAGUACAUGUCAACAGGCUUUGUCCGAACUCUACUGCACUCCAAACUCCUCACGGAUGAUGAUCGUAUUCUGGUUGAAGACGCGUUAACAGACUCGGCAGUGAAAUUCCCAUCAAAUCAGAGGUUUUUCACUUUUCUGAUUGGGUUCUUCGCGGUUCUGGUUGGAGUAGUGUUUUGGGCAGAACAAAAUGGUAAGAAAUCGCUUAUUUUAGUGAUGUCAGAUUAGGAAAAACUUAUGUGAAGUUCUCGACCGGUCGAAAAAAUAGGACUAGACACUUUAUACGACGAAACAUGUCUGAGACAGUUUUUAUCGUAUAAAAUGUCCUGGAGUAAUUAUCUGUCGACAGGAUUCAGUAGGCAGACACCGGGUGACAUGGUAUACCUACGAUUAAUCAUUUUUAAUGUAAUGACGUCUUAUACGAUCAAAACUGUAAUUUUUUUCCAAACAUCUUUCUUCGUAUAAAAUGACUAAAGGUUGAUACAAUCGCAAGUUCUAAUGAAAAAACGAUACGAUAAUUCUACCACACAGUCAUUUUUACAGGGCGACAUUUUAUACGCUGACAUUUUCAUCGUAAAUUAUCGGAAUUACUAACCUCCGACUUUCAGACAACCUUCUACUUUACAAUAUCACUAUCGGGGUGUCGAUUGCUUUCACUUUUAUCAUUUGUGUUGGGCUAUUUCCGCUGCUAUUAGUGCCUUUAACAAGGUACGGAAUCAGAAGUUGGAACAACUCCGAUCGCACAGUGCAUUUAUUUUUGGCUGGACUAAAGCGAAGGGAAACCUACAUUUAUGGGUAA